AUGAAGGGUUUCAAGCUAUUUUUAAAAAUUAUCCUUAUAACAAGGCUUUUAAAGGUUGAAGCAAAAGGGUCAACAAGAUCGUUAUCUGAAAUUGUAGAGGAAGAAUCAUUGUACAAGAUCGAUGCCAAGUAUACAACCUUGCUUAAUGAGAUAAAUUCAACUUUUUUCAAUAGACCCCUCAAUACAGCAAACAAUAGGGAAUUCGAGACAAAAUUCCAAAUGGUUCUUACCGGUUUGAGCUUAAGCAUUUAUGACUUAGCUGAUAAAAUUGAUAUUUACACAGAUUUCUCGACUUAUAAUCAAAUUCGAUUGGAGCUCGAAAGAGAGAUUUUCAAAAAAUUACAAACCGCGGAGCGUCUGCUUAAGCUCAAAAACCUUAUACCCAUAUGUCGAAUCUUUUUUACGAACCAGCAAGAUGAGCUGAAGGCAAGCUUCAAAGAGUCAAACUUUAUGAAACUGGAAAUACUAAAUAAUCCGAGUCCCGAUUGUGAGAGUGUUGAAUUCCAUAAAAUUACCAUGCCCGCAACAUCACUAACUACUACAACGCCAAGUACAACGUCAAGGACAACGCCCAAGCCAAUCAACUAUGAUGAACUGCUGCAAAAUAUCCUCCUAAAGUAUAACAAACGGCCGUGGGGAAAUCGAAAGUACCCGGACUUCGAUAAAAAAAUCUGGGUUGUGUUAAUGGCCCUAAAUAGCGAAGAAAGAAGUCAUAAGAAAGAGACGUACAUUACUUUUCAGGCGUACGACGAUGAUCGAGAAAAACUGGAUAAAGAAUUGGCAAUUCGAAUUGGAAAAUUCAAAAAGCGAAUUGAGAACGAAUCAAAUGCUGAUUGCAAAUCCGACCUUCUAUACUUGAACAAGAAGUUGGCUCUAAACAUGUACAAAACCUUAGACGAAAAAAGAGCUGUCUUAGUCUCCACAAACUUUGUGCUAUCAUGUGCUCAAAAUUAAUACG